CCUCCAAGGACACCGAGAAACAAUCAACCUCGACAACUUAGACCAACCUCUCCUCCUCUCUUGCCGCAUCACAACAUUUCCUCAUAGAACCUUCGUGCUCACGAAGGGAGUUUUGUUGCAUUCCAUUGUGUAAUAAUCCCGCCCAAGAUGACUUCGUCGGGCUAUUCCAUCAACGUCAAUGAUCCUGGCCUGAUUACACUGGUCAAUAAACUUCAAGAUGUCUUUACCACGGUCGGAGUUCACAAUCCCAUAGAUUUGCCUCAGAUUGCUGUCGUUGGAUCCCAGUCUAGUGGUAAAAGUUCGGUUUUGGAGAACAUAGUGGGCAGAGAUUUCCUACCUCGAGGAACCGGUAUUGUCACUCGCCGACCCCUCAUUCUUCAGCUCAUCAACCGACAAGCACCAAAUAAGCCGCAAGCAAAUGGCGUCAGUGAGGAUGUGAAGUCAUCAGAUAAGGAGGCAAACGCAGACGAGUGGGGCGAAUUCUUGCAUAUCCCGGGUCAGAAAUUCUAUGACUUCAACAAGAUCCGAGACGAAAUUGUGAGAGAAACUGAGCAAAAGACGGGACGAAAUGCGGGCAUUUCCCCGGCUCCAAUUAACCUGCGCAUCUACUCGCCAAACGUCCUGACCCUGACUCUGGUCGAUCUGCCGGGGUUGACCAAGGUGCCGGUUGGUGACCAGCCGAGGGAUAUUGAGCGACAGAUUAGAGAAAUGGUUCUCAAGCAGAUCAGCAAGCCCAACGCCAUCAUAUUGGCCGUCACCGCUGCCAACACGGACUUGGCCAACUCGGACGGAUUGAAACUCGCCCGGGAGGUUGAUCCGGAGGGACAGCGGACCAUUGGUGUCCUUACCAAGGUGGACUUGAUGGAUGAAGGUACCGACGUGGUGGACAUCCUUGCGGGACGUAUCAUCCCGCUCCGGCUGGGUUACGUGCCCGUCGUCAACCGUGGUCAGCGUGAUAUCGAGAACAAGAAGGCCAUCUCUUAUGCGCUCGAACACGAGAGAAGUUUCUUCGAGAAUCAUAAGGCUUACCGGAAUAAGAGCUCAUACUGCGGUACCCCAUAUUUGGCACGCAAAUUGAAUCUGAUUCUUAUGAUGCACAUCAAACAAACGCUACCAGAUAUCAAGGCCCGCAUCUCGGCAUCGCUGCAAAAGUACUCUGCCGAGCUCUCACAACUGGGCGACUCUAUUCUCGGCAACAGCGCUAAUAUUGUGCUCAACAUAAUCACCGAAUUCAGCAACGAGUACCGCACGGUGUUGGAUGGCAACAAUCAGGAGCUCUCGAGCAUUGAACUUUCGGGCGGUGCGCGUAUCAGUUUUGUUUUCCACGAGCUGUACGCAAACGGUGUCAAGGCCAUUGAUCCGUUCGAUCAGGUCAAGGAUAUCGACAUUCGUACCAUUCUCUACAAUUCUUCCGGUUCGUCACCGGCCCUUUUUGUGGGAACAACUGCUUUCGAACUCAUUGUCAAGCAACAAAUCAAGAGGCUAGAAGAUCCGAGCUUGAAAUGUGUCUCCCUCGUCUACGAUGAGCUCGUCCGAAUUCUUACUCAGCUCUUGGGCAAGCAACUGUUCCGGAGAUACCCGGCCUUGAAGGAGAAAUUCCACCAAGUUGUCAUUGCCUUUUUCAAAAAGGUCAUGGAUCCGACCAACAAGCUGGUCAAGGAUCUUGUGGCGAUGGAGGCCUGCUACAUCAACACUGGACACCCCGAUUUCCUCAACGGACACCGGGCCAUGGCCAUUGUGAAUGAUCGACACAACCAGGCCAAGCCGGUUCAGGUUGACCCUAAGACUGGCAAGCCUCUGCCACCAGCCGUGCCUCCCCGAACCGCUAGCCCUACCAUGGAUGCCAUGACUGAGAGCAAUGGCGGUUUCUUUGGUAGCUUCUUCGCUAGCAAGAAUAAGAAGAAGAUGGCUGCCAUGGAAGCCCCGCCACCUACUUUGAAGGCAUCUGGUACCCUUUCCGAAAGGGAGGGCAUCGAGGUUGAAGUCAUUAAGCUCUUAAUCACUUCUUAUUAUAACAUUGUCCGCCGAACUAUGAUCGAUAUGGUUCCCAAGGCUAUUAUGCUGACACUCGUUCAGUUCUCCAAGGAUGAGAUGCAGCGGGAGCUCCUGGAGCAGCUGUAUCGUGCAGCCGAGCUGGACGAUUUGCUCAAGGAAAGCGACUACACGGUUCGUCGACGAAAAGAGUGCCAGCAGAUGGUGGAGUCGCUCUCCCGCGCGAGCGAGAUUGUGAGCCAGGUGCAGUAAAACAUAUUAGCUUUGUAGCAUGAAAUGGGUCGAUAUGCAUGCAUGGCGGAUGCUCUCUUUCCUCUCUACAUGAACCAUAAGCGCCUAGACGCCCGCUCUUCAUUUAGCUCAUGAAGCUUUCGCGUUGACAUGUUACGAUCUUCCUUUAUUAAUCCGCAAUUACUCUGGAGGCCACUGGGCUCGACCAUCAUAUACCUCGCAGGCGUUUUGCUCUUCUAUUAUUUUUGCACUAUACUGCUUAUCUGUAAUAAGUAGUCGGGCUGAAUUAUCCCAGACCAGGCAAAGGGGUGGUCCUGUUGUCAGAGUGUCCAUUGUGGGCUUGGGCAAGUGUUUGGUCAUUAUUUCUGCUUUCUUACACUUUUCUUCCUUUUCUAUUAUAUUUUCUUACAUGUUUUUAAUUCAGAAUAGAAAGUCUGGAUGCAGAU